AUGCGCAAGACACUCCUCCUUGUUUUUAUCCAUGGGUUCAAAGGCGGCGAUGACACCUUUGCUGUCUUCCCCGAACAUCUGCGAGCGCUCGUGAGCCAUGCCCUUCCGAACAUCGAUGUUGUCACUGUGACAUACCCCAAAUUCGAGACCCGGGGCGAGUUGAGCGACUGUGUGGCUCGAUUUCGAGAAUGGCUGCAAAACAAGGUCAUCGAUUUGGAGGUCGCUCGCUCGACUCCAUCCCCCACCGUGGAUCCCUCAGUCCAUGUCAUACUGGCCGGCCACUCGAUGGGAGGCAUCGUUGCGGCUGAGACAUAUCUGCUACUCGCCAGUGAGCAACCCAUUCCAGCGCGGUCUUCCGCGCAAAAUCCCGAAAGGCCCAAUUUCCCCUCCAACACGACGCUGGGUUCGACAACUUCCACCUCUCGUCCAGUACCAUCGCACCAUGAGUCGGAUCCUACUUCUCACAGUUUCAUGUUCCCGCACAUCCAAGGCGUUUUGGCUUUCGAUACACCCUUCCUCGGGCUGGCCCCGGGGAUGGUAGCCCACGGAAUCGAGGGCGGGCACAAAGUUGUCGCCAAUGCGUACAACACUUACUCUGAAGUUGCCUCCAUGUUUGGCUGGGGUUCCAAGUCCGAACCCAACGUCUCAUCAACCUCUCCCGCCUCUGGCGCGAAAUCUAUCGGCGCCCUACCAGCUCCGGCUUCGUCUUCUACGGAAGACGCGGCGGCCGCCCCCAAAUGGCAAGCUUGGGGGAAAUACGCAAUGUUCGCUGGUGCGGCUGGUGCUGUGGUUGCAGGCGGUGCCGCUGCCUUGUAUUCCCAGCGCGAGAGACUGAGUGCUGGUUGGAAGUGGGCCAGCGACCAUCUGCUGUUUGUAGGGGAGCUGUUCAAACCAGAGUAUCUGCAGAAGCGGGUCAAAACUCUAGAGCAGGAAUGCAAAGCACGAGGUGCUGGAUGUGCGAACCUGUACACCAACCUCGGAAAAGGAGCUAGUGGCGGAUACGGCAUCACGGAAACAUUGGCAGGUAAGGAGAGGACGUUUUGCAAUCUACCAGUGCAGGUCGACCGGGAUCGAAAGGAAGGCAAAGAAGGCACGCGCGAAGAAACAGCAAACGGAUUUAAAUGGAUCAAGGCUGUCAACGACAAAGCUUCUGACGAGACCACGGCGCAUGUGUCCAUGUUUAUUCCACGAGAUAACCCGGGCUUCUACGCCCUUGGGGAACACGCGAAGGAGUGUAUCGCGGGAUGGGUUGAUCCAGGCUGGUACCGCGCGAGCAAUGGACCAACGUUUCUGAGACCUGAGCCUAACCGCGUGGGCUUAGGCGAAUCCCCGGACGGCGGGUGGGUGAAGCCUGACGCCGACGAAAUCAGGGCCCGAGAGAGAGCAAAGGACCGCUAUGGCAAUGCUUACAAGGACCCUGAUGCCGAUGCCGAUGUCGGAGGGAACCUAGGUAAGGACUGGGACUCUCUCGAGGUUCGCCCUGGCAAGGAUGGUGUUGACGAUCUGCUAGACGGUGAGGAUCUAAGGAUGAGAGAGGAGGAUGAAGAGCUUGAGGGGAGCGUGAUUGUGGAGAAGAUGGCGGCGAAUGGAGAAGUGCCGCUCCCCAAGUCGAGAAGUAAUACUGGAUUAUGA